AUGGAGGUCCUGGUUUUGGGAUGUCUCUCACCAAGUCUUUAUCAGUGCAUUGUGGAAGGCCCUAAUAACGUUCUUGUAAAUGCGAGUGAUGUAUAUGAUGUUGAAUUAAGAUCUUCUUUAGAAAAAUUAUUAAAUGCCAAGAGUACUGAUGAGGCAAAUACAAUGAUUGACAGGCCUCUUCUAAGUACACUCUUAGAUCUUGCAGGAACUUUCAAAUUUGUGUCAUCUUUGGAUGAAAUCCCAACACUAGUUCAGCAAACUGUUAAAUGGUUCUUACUUGGCAGGUCACAUUUUUCACAAGAGCAAUUUGUACAAGGGCUGUCUGUGUUAGGAAUUUAUGAUUCUAUCUUAAAGAGUCCUGAAUCAUUCCGCCCAGUUUUUUGCUGCUCACCUCAGCAACUUAAUGCUGAAGUCAUUUCGCAUCUGUUUGAAACUAAUUUUAGUGAGGUUGGCUCUAAUCGGCAUUGCUCUGAAUCACUGGUCAUAUCACAUUGGAAUGAUUAUUUGUUGGAUGUUGAAGAGAGGGCAGAAACGGAGGUCACAUUCAAUGAUAUUCUGUUUUUUGCUAGCGGAUGUAAAAUUAUACCACCAUUUGGUAUAAAACUGUCUUUAGAGUUUCUACAUCAUGCUGAAAAAAAUGGUGAAAUGUCCAAAUUCCCAAAGGCUAACACAUGUGCUUGCAUUCUUUAUUUACUUGUCACCCACAGCUCAUAUGAUAAGUUCAAAAAGGCCCUUUCGUUUGCAUUUCUUAACACCCGUGGGUUUGGUGAGCCAUAA